GGUCCCUCUGGUCCAUGCACUUGGGGACUGGCAUUGCCUGGGGGCAGGUUUCAGGGCAGAGCAGUCCAAGACCUUCCACCUCCCUUCUCCGCGUUCCUGCCCCUCUGGGUUGCUCUGCAGGUGAAGAACAUGGAGAAGCUGCAGUUUUGGCUCCUCGUCCUCGCUGGCUUCUCAGGAGCCGUCGCCCAGACAGAUCUACACGGCAAAGUGUUCGUGUUCCCUAAGGCGUCUGCAACUGCCCACGUCAUCCUGAAGCCGAGGCUGGAGCAGCCGCUGCAGAACGUCAGUGUGUGUCUGAGAUUCGGGUGCGACCUGACCCGGCCCUACAGCCUCUUCUCCUACGCCACCAAGGCCAAGGACAACGACUUCCUCCUCUUCAAACCCAAGCCCGGGGAGCUCAGACUGUAUGUCGGAGCCGAACUCGUCACCUUCAAAGUCCCAGAAAGAACAGACACAAGCACUGGGUGGGUGCACGUCUGUGCCAGCUGGGAGUCCGCCACCGGCAUAGCCGAGCUCUGGGUGAACGGGAGCCCCUUACCCAGGAAGGGGCUGAAGAAAGGCUACUCUGUCAGCAACCAGGGUGUGCUUGUCCUGGGGCAGGAGCAGGACACCCUGGGGGGUUGGUUCGACAUGAAUCAGUCGUUUGUUGGGGAAAUCACAGAUGUGUACAUGUGGGACACUCUGCUCUCCCCGGAUGAAGUUAGCCUUGCCAUGAGCAAUGGGGUCCUGCCUCAUCUCGUCCUUGACUGGAGAACCCUGAGCUACGAGACCAAGGAUUAUGUUGUCAUUAAACCCAGCCUGCUCCCAGUGUACUGAAGGCCCAGCGCUGCUUGGCUAGUGGGGCCAGAAAAUGGGUGGGGGCGCAAAGCAAGGAAUUGCCUGUAUCACUGUGUCAAGUAUCGGGGGUAGCCGUGUUAGUCUGUAUCUACAAAAACAGCAAGGAGUCUGGUGGCAUCUUAAAGACUAACAGAUUUAUUUGGGCAUAUGUAAUCGACCUGUUCGGCCUGCGAUGGGAAAGAGGCAGAUGCGCUCCGGAGAUCUGCACAUGGGCCUGGGACCAGGGAGCUCCUCUCGUCCAUCUCCAGCUCUGACCCCAACUCCCACUGGGACCUUGGGGAAUCACAUGGGCCAGAUGUACGAGGGUGCUCACCCUGUAACAGGGCCAGCCACCCCCGAGCACCCCCUUGGGAUCAGGGGUGGCUAUGCAGUGCCCUGUCUCAGUUUCCGCUCUUGGAUUCUAAAUAGCUCCCCAAAAGCCUUUCAUGAGUCCAAUUACAAACAGCCCUUUUUGGGGUCUUGUUUAUGGCCUUAAAAUGCCAAAGGAUUCAAAGAGCCGCCCCCCCAGCUUAGCCUAUGAGCAGACCUCUCUACCUGCCUUGUCUAGCGCCCCACGGCUCCAAGGGGUCUGCAGGCAAAGCCCUUUGCUGGCCCCCCAGCCUCCCCAUCUCUCUCAGGGUCCCUGCAGCACACCCUCUGCAGCAUCUUUGCACCAUUUCCGACUGCGAUCAGCCCUCCUUCCUGAGGGGGCUGUUCACUGCUGCAGCUCUGCCUGGCUCCCUGCCACUGCCCAUGCCCCCCCCCCCCCCGCCGUCUCUAACCCCCUCUAACCAGGUUAGUCACAUGGCUCCUCUCCCCUGGAAAUGGCCGUGUCACAGGCUGUGGCCAUCUCCCUCGAGGGGCAGCCACCCUGAGGCACACACCUGUGUUGAGCUUUUGAGCACUCACCCUUCCCUCCGGUGAGGUGCUGAUGGCAGCACUUGCCUCCCGAGGAGUUGGGAGGCAGGACCUGGGAAGAACUGCUUUGUGAACGGUGCCCAAGGGGUUCAAGCACCCGAGCCCCACUCAGUUUGUGCCCAGAUUGUGCCCAGCCAGAGUCUGUGAUGUGCUUGGAGCACGGCAGUGCUGGGAGUGCCAGGGGCCUUCAUGGUCACCAUAAGCAGAGCCUUCCAGAGCAGACCAGCUCUGUGUGUCCAGCCUGAUAAGUUCCUGGGUUGGCUCAGUCGCUGGAGAUGUUUCCCAGCCUGUGUACGUCAGUGUCUACAUUGCUGCUGGGUGGGCCAGGGGGCAUUCCAGGUACUAGGCCCAAGGAGCCCCACGGUUACCCUGCUGCCUCUCCACUGGGCUGCCUAGGGCUGAGUUUGGAAUGACUGUGGUCAUCUGUGUUCUAAGAGACGGUGCCAUUGUCCCAGGGGCUUGGCGCCCUGCCAGCCCCAGUAAAUGACCCUUUAGGCUGA